AAGGGGGAGCACAUUUGAGUUCGGGGCGGGGGGGCGGAGGUGCGUAGCAACGUCCAAGUGCGCCGCCCAGAAGAGUUGACAAAAGUUGGGGACGAGUUGGACUUAGUUGCUCACACGGCUGAGUAAAGCCACAUCCGCCACGCGUGGAAUAAAAGCCCCCUCGCUUCAUUUUUAAACACACCGCUUUGAAAAAAAGGCCCUGAAAGUGAAAUUAGAACCAUCCAGCUCCAGGAGACCCCGAAAUUCUGCCUCCGAUCACCCCGAAAAAUCAAAUCCACCAUGGAUUCCUUGUUUUCUCUUCUUUGCCUCGCUGUGGUUGUCUCAGCCUCACAUCAGAUGUGUGAUCCUGUGGAGGUAAGCGACAAUUCCUGGAUCUAUGUGAAGGCGAUGCAACUCGGCUGCUGGACCAACUUUGUGGGACAGGACAAGGCUGAGGUCCACAUCCUGAAGCUCAGCUUUGCUGGCACGGACGUUAAGUUGUUCUCUCUGAAUAUGACUGACGCCAAACCCAUGAACCUGAUCAUCACAUCACGGGACAGUGCCCACGGUCUAUACCAGAUCAACGCUGGUGUGAACAUUUAUAAAAGCAACACCUCAACACUGGUUUUACACACCAACGGGCCUCGUAGCAACAUCCAUUCCGUCGACUUCCCCAGUGAGGAUGAAGAGCUGCUGAGGUGGGCCACCCGCAGGUUCGGCGGUGUUACAUCCUUCACCACAUUGGAAAAUCUCAGUUUGUUGCUCUCCAGGCCCACAGAAGGAACAAAAGGUGGUUCUCGAGAAUGCCUGCUCCAAAGCGAAGAUCCGUCAGAAAAGCACUUCAUGAAGAUUGAAGCCGCGCCCUUGACGUCUUCAUUGAAGUCCUGCUCCCCCCCACCGGAGCCGGAGAAGCAGCUGCUACGCGGCCCCUCUGCCAAUGACGAGGACACCACAUCAGAGCUUCAUAUCAUCAAUAUCCCAGAGGACGCCAAUAUUCGCAACCUGUCUGUUCGUGUGGACAUGAAAAAGUCUAGCGUGUUCUUGAGGGGUCCUCGAGGCACCACGUGGACUUUCCUGAACCCGCAGCACACCAAGUUUUGUUCCAACAAUGAAAUUGUGCUGCCCGCCAUGGCCCAUAGAAUUCAGCCCUUGUUUGACUUGAGCAGCGACCAAGCAGCGGAUGUGCAGAGGAAGGCUUUGGAUUAUUUUAAGGCUGGCACUUUCACGAGCUACACCGAAAUGAGGCCCGAGGGCUCCCAGUUGUUGCUGGUGCUUGGUGGAGAGACCCCAGCAGUCACAGAAACGGGAACAGAAGCCAUGAUGUCAACCACAACAGAGCCUCGUCAGAUGUCUCUGCUGAUGCAGCUCUACACGUCACCUGAUUUUCGCUCGCCCUUGGACCCAAAUACCAAGGUGCAGAGUGACAAGAGAAUCUAUGCCGAGAUUUCAGUGCGUACUCUGGGCAAUAUCGUCCUGACCAUCAAAGUAAUGAGCUGCUUCGUGCGCUCCAAAGGCUCCUGCCCAGUAGUGCAGGCGCUCCCCUUCAUACCAGAAUUCUGCUCGUCAAAUUUAUGUCCCACCAGCACACGACUGAGCUUCUCCUUGGAUCAACUGCAGGAGCUCAGCUCCACCACUUGGGACCUGGAAUGUUCUGUCAAACUGUGCUACAGCGAGCAAUGUGGCGAUGGAGGACGAGUGAAAAGGAACUUGGAGGUCACCCAGCCUUGUCAACAAACACUCAACACUCCCUGCUUUGAUUUCGGGCUCCCUGGCGUCCUGGGCAUCGCCUUCGGAGGCUUCCUGAUAGGAGUGUUACUAAUUGGAGCGCUGUGGUUUAUCAAAAUAAAAACAGGCUACCCGACUGGACUGGACAUGGCCUCCUCCCUGUCUUCCAGCUGUCCCUGCUCAGGAGCCAAGCAGCAGCCCUCGUCGUCAAACCCUUCCGCCUCCGAAAACAGCAGCGCCAACGCGAGCAUCGGGAGUACGCAGAGCACACCCACCAGCAGCAUGGCGUGAGAUUAGGGUGAGCCCAUCACCGCCACCAGCAGAGACAGAAUUACCCAUAGCCCUUAAAGUUAGUUACAGGUUUAGUUUUCUUUCAUAAAGAGCCCCCUCCCUUUUUUUUUUUAAUCAUCUUUUAAUCAAAAUUCCUCAUCUUUGACAUACAAGCCUGGAGUCGAUGUCGUCAGGCUGUUUGUGUGUUUGACGGCUGGCGCUGUCUAAUGGAUGGCGUGUGACGCUCACCUCUGUGGUCUCCCUUUAAAGUGCGGUUUCCAGACAGGAAGUUAAAGAGGGCAAGAGGAAAAGAAAAACAAAUUGGCUCCCAGCAACAGGAAAAACAAACCUUGUCCCCCCUCCCCUGAGGGCCAGCAGGAAAUUCACCGCAUUCCUCCACCAAUUGUGACGGUUGCGAUCGCCGGGGCAAUCAAAGUCGGGACGGCGGGAGAUGAAGCGAACCACAGACAUGGUAAAAGGCUAGCUGACUGUGUCCAAAUGGUUAUCAAAACAUCUUAAACACUCCCUGAAAGAGGUAUCUGUCUCCAUAUUUCCCAUCGUCAUUUAUGACAUAUUUGAUGCUAACAGCUCCCAGACGGGAGAUGGAACGGAAAGACCAACAUAUGAAAAAUUACUGGCUGCAUCCCAUCAGUUAGUGUUACUUCUAGUACCAUAGCUAAAGAGGUAUUGGUCACUGUAUUUGUCUCCAUAUUUCCAUUUAUCCAUUUCAAUCUUAUUUCCUGUUGCCCUUUAUAACUAAUUUGAUGCUAACUGUUAACAGCUCCUUUAAGUUUAUCCGCUUUUCAGUGGAAGGAGAUGAAAAAAAUGGCAGACGAGGGAAAAAAAAACAGCUAAGUGCGUACAAACAGUUAGCAAAACCAUGGUAACUUGUCUAGAAGACACUUUCUGAUUUGAUCUGAUCUGUUCUCACUAUAUUCCGUCGGCGUUUUUUAAAAUGAAUUUACUGCUAAUUGCUAAUGUCUCUUAUUUUAGCUAUUUGAGAGAUAGAAAAUGCAGUCCAAAGGCCAACUUAAAAAAGAAACGAGUACUGCUAGCUAUUCGAACAAGAUACAGUAUAUCUCCAUAUUUCGCAUUGCCCUAUAUGACAAAUGUUACGCUUCCUGCUAACAGAUCGUGUAUUAGCUUUUCAGGAGACUGUAGAAGCAAAAUGACAGACGUUGAAAAAAAUAGCCGGCUGUUUGUAGACACUUUGCAAAAUGUCAGCUAGCUGGCUAAAAACACCCCCUCAAAGCGAUUUUGUCUUUGCAUUUCCUGUCGCUGUCACUAACAGCUCUGAUACUAGUGUAUACCGCUGAAGGAACAAAAUAUUCAAGGACUAUUUACUGCAGGACUCUGGAUGCUCUGAAAGGUAACAAUCUUUUAGACGCUAGGAAAUGUAGCAUUUUUCAGUUAGCACAACACCGUCUCAGUGAGGACAGAAAGCUGAACGCUGCCUUAAAGUCACCUGCUGGACAGAAGCUGCAAAAACAGAUUGGUGUA